AUGGCGACUGACAAUUUGAAGGACCGACCACGAUGUUCGACAUGCUCUAGAAACGGGCUGGACUGCCAUUAUGCGGAGACGAAACCGACAAAAAAGGACCAAACAAUCUCCAAAAUCUACAGUAGCAUAUACCGUCUCGAAAAGAAGAUUGAAGAUGUCGCAACCCUCAUUCGUCAGCAAAGUGACCCACAAUCAGACCUACAUGUACAUAUACAAUCUCCCUCGGAUCUUGGAGCAAUCGACCUACCCUCGGAAGUUGCCCAAAAGGGACGAUUAUCGAUCGCCGAUGUCCUAAACACUAGUCCGAGCUUGACAAAAGCCCAGGUGGGCGCCAAUGCCAACAUUUUCACGCCCGUCCCUACGGCCCAUACAUCUCAUCUCACGCAAGAGGCAAAGCGAAUGUCCUUUUCGGCACAUAAGAUACUACAAUGGCCGGCGAUACAGGCUCUACUACCCGAUUUUUUACAAGGGUUAGAUUUGGUGGAGGACUAUGUUACAAAGUUGGAAGCUGCCCGGCCGCCGUUACCUUUUGACGUACCUAUGACCAGCGGAUACGGAACCACCAGAAGUCCCGGAAAACAAGAUUGGCUACAUUCGCUCCCGUUAUCGGUCAUUAGAGGGUUGACUGAAGCAUACUUCAAUACGUUCAAUACAUCGAACCCGAUUUUAGACAGAGGAUACUUUUACACGGCGACAUUAAGCGUAGCGAUGGAAAGCGGGUUUGGGUAUAAUAUCGAGAGUUGUAUUUUGCUUAUUGUAUUGGCGUUGGGGUGUAUGGCGGUUACAGCACAUAAAGAAGCGGGAUUCCCGUUAUUUCCACUAAGAGGAGAGGAGGCCGACGGGAUGAUGGGAUUUGUACCACCGGAUUGGGCGGAGGUCACGGAGGAGGCGGAGGGUAUGCCGUCUGGCUUGAGAUUCUUGAAUGAGCAGAGAAGGAGGAUUGGGUUUCUGAUAUGUGGUAUGGGGUUGGAGUAUGUACAAUGUCAUCUGCUAGUUGGUUUAUACUAUGCACAGGCUGUACGGGUGCUGGACCAUUGGAAUAUGAUACACAAGGCAGCUGUCGGCUGCCUGAUGUUGCUUAAUGGUUCGAAGGCAGAGUUGAUGGACUGGGAUGCUUGGGAAAGCGACAUGCUGGCGAGAGUAUUCUGGAAUACUCUGAUGUUUGAGAGUAUCCUUGUUCAAGAGUUAGAUGUUCCGCCGAGCGGCCUGACGGAUUACGAAGAGAUCGUGCCGUUACCUAAGUUCCCUUCGUACGCCAGCCCUUCGUCGUUAGCCUCCAGCCCUGUCGAAGAUACCGAGUCGAACUACCAAUACCACUUUCUCGCUCAAGCUGCCCAUAGAAAGCUUCUCAAUCGGAUGAGAAACAGUGUAUACAGCUAUGAGUCCGACAUGACACAAUUCCCGUCCAUAGCUCUGUCCCGUGAGCUCCAGCUCCAACUCGACCUCUGGCGUUCCCACCACCCGCCAUUCAUCCAACAAGAUCCUCAAAACUCACAUUCGCCGUUAUCACCCACAAAACUCGCCUCACAUGUCAUGACGGCAAUGCUACACGGUCGCUAUCUCGUUGGCAAACACCUCAUGCGUCGGCCGUUUGUGUAUAAAGCUUUGCACACACCCGCGGAAGAAAUCAUAAGUCCGGAUGUGCUGGAUGAAGUCAGAUCGUGCCUUGAGAGUUCUUUAGACUGGCCGCAGAUCACAGGUGUAUUUGAACGAGCGAGGACAGCAGUGCCGAUAAAAUUCGGAUUCGGAAGCCAAUUUAUGGGCCAGUUGUUGCUGCUUAAGGGGGUGGAGAUGUCGAUACGAGAGGAAGUAAGAGCUUGUUUGCCGGUUGGAUGGGAGCAGUGGGUGGAGAAAGUGCUAGGCUACUUCAGGGAUAUGGCGCCCAAAAGCCCCACGCUUGCGAGAGAUCUGUACAUCUUAGAAGCGCUAUAUAGCAAGUGA